AUGCCGCGAGACUGCUCGAGAAUCUCUUUUCCUGAAGCAGACGCUACGCCGAGAGCUCCCCUCCCGCCCCCGGUGGAGGAGACCCUCCUCCGCAUCCCGGGCGCCAUUCUCCACCUCAUCGACCCCCACCGCAGCGUCGAGCUGGCCUCCGGCGACUUCUCGCUCGUCCGCCUCCGCCAGGGCCCCAACGUCGUCGCCGUCCUCGCCCGCGUCUCCGGCUCUCUCGCCGGCGGCGGCGACGACCUCGUCCAGUGGCCCCUCGCUCGCGACGAGGCCGCCGUCAAGCUCGACCACUCCCACUACUUCUUCUCCCUCCAUGUGCCCCGCUCCCGCCUCCCCCCUGAUCCCGAUGCCGACCGCGACCCCGAUGAUGCUUCCGAUCUCGGCGUCGUUAACUAUGGCCUCACCUUCGCGUCCAAGGGCCAAGAAGCGCUUCUCCAGGAGCUCGACCGGAUCUUGGAGAUCUACAGCAGCUUCUCCGUCCAGAAGGUGGGGCCGGCGGCAACCGGGGCGCAGCCGGAGGUGCUGGAUGGAUCGGUGGCGAGGGAGGUGACGCCGGCGGAGGUGAUGGAUGGGCCGAAGAAAGAGAUGAUGGAGAAACGCUCGGCCGCUUACUGGACGACGCUCGCGCCGAACGUCGAGGACUACAGUGGGUCGGUGUCGAGGCUGAUCGCCAAGGGGUCGGGGCAGCUCAUCAAGGGGAUCUUGUGGUGCGGCGACGUCACUACCGAUCGGCUCAAGUGGGGAGAGGAUUUCCUCAAGAGGAAGGUCGGCCCGAGCUCCCAGCCUGCUGAUGUCAGCCGCGAUGCCAUGAAGAGGAUGAGGAGGGUUCGGAGGGUCACGAAGAUGUCGGACAAUGUGGCAAAUGGCAUCCUUAAUGGCGUCGUGAAGGUGUCCGGGUUCUUUGCCGGCUCUGUUGUCAAUUCAAAAGCAGGCAAAAAGUUCUUCUCCCUCUUGCCUGGAGAAAUUGUCCUUGCAUCGCUUGAUGGAUUCGGAAAAAUCUGCGAUGCUGUUGAAGUGGCUGGAAAGAAUGUCCUGCAGACAUCGUCUGUCGUGACAACAGGGAUUGUAUCUCACAGGUAUGGCGAGCAAGCAGGUGAGGUGACGCAUGAAGGACUCGGUGCAGCAGGACAUGCUAUUGGAACUGCAUGGGCCGUCUUCAAGAUAAGAAAAGCGUUCAACCCUAAGAAUGCUGUGAAGCCAACAUCUUUGGUGAAGUCAGCAGCUAAGGCAGCAGCUGGUGAGCUAAAGACUAAGCAAGGAAAGAAGUGAAGAAUUUGGUUUUUACUGGUCUUCGUCAUUGAAGGACCGCCUCGAUGAGUAUAUGAAACAAUACCUCGGUGAUGUUUCGUGUGAAGAUUGCCUCGCUCAUUAUAUAUGUAUCUUGAUGUUUUUUUUUGCAUGCUGUAGAUUCAAUCGUUGUUUGGUGUGGUGUUUUCCUGUGUCCUAAUGAAAUGCUAGAGCUCCCUGUUCUUUAGCUUGUAUUUUUUUAAAUUUUUUUUCUGUUCUAGAAGCCAGCAGUGAGUAAAUAAACUGGUCAUUACUUUAUGUUUU